AUGAGACCAAACAAGGGACGUGAAGACAGUCCAGAGGUAAUUAAGAAGAGGAAACUCCUACUGUCUUAUACUGGAGGGCCAGAGAGAGCAGGUGACAUUGCAAAAACGUUCAGGAUCCGUUCAGGAUCACCUGGCGGACAGGAUUUUCAGGGUCAAGAGCCCCAGAGGCCCUCCCGCCGCCGACCGCCCUCGCUCGCUGGAGCUCCCCGCCCGCCGCCCGCCGCCCUCCCCACCCGCCGUUGUCACCGAGCUUGUCUCCGAGCUAGUCUCCGAGCUUGCGACUCUCGGACAGGCGCCCUUGGCGUGGAGAGGUCGGAUUGCGAGUCGUCGCCUGAGUGCCUUUCAUCUGAGAAGUUCAAGGUACUUGUAGAACUUCUGGCACACAGGCCGUGGGUCUUGCAGCACACGUGUAAGCGUGGCUGCCAUCAGGAAGAAGCUGGUGAUUGUUGUGAUGGAGCCUGUGGCAAGACUUGCUUGCUCAUCGUCUUUAGCAAGGACCAGUUCCCAGAGGUGUAUGUAGCCACAGUGUUUGAGAACUAUGUGGCAGAUAUUGAAGUCGAUGGAAAGCAGGUAGAGCUGGCUUUGUGGGAUACAGCUGGGCAGGAAGAUUAUGAUCGCUUGAGGCCUCUCUCCAAUCCGGACACUGAUGUUAUACUGAUGUGUUUCUCCAUCGACAGCCCUGAUAGUUUAGAAAACAUCCCAGAAAAAUGGACUCCGGAAGUCAAGCACUUCUGCCCCAAUGUGCCCAUCAUCCUGGUUGGGAACAAGAAGGAUCUUCGGAAUGAUGAGCACACAAGGCGGGAGCUGGCCAAGAUGAAGCAGGAGCCGGUGAAACCGGAAGAAGGCAGAGAUAUGGCGAACAGGAUUGGUGCUUUUGGGUACAUGCAGUGUUCAGCAAAGACCAAAGAUGGAGUGAGGGAGGUUUUUGAAAUGGCCACGAGAGCUGCUCUGCAAGCCAGACGUGGGAAGAAAAAAUCUGGGUGCCUUGUCUUGUGAAACCCUGCUGCAAGCACAGCCCUCAUGUGGUUAAUUUUGAAGUGCUGUUUAUUAAUCUUAGUGUAUGAUUACUGGCCUUUUUCAUUUAUCUAUAAUUUACCUAAGAUUAAAAUCAGAAGUCAUCUUGCUACCAGUAUUUAGAAGCCAACCAUGAUUAUUAAUGAUGUCCAACCCACCUGACCACCGGGGUCCUUCUGACACCGCUCUCUAACAGCCCUCCUCUGCACUCCCACCUGACACACCAGGCGCUAAUUCAAGGAAUUUCUUAACCUCUUGCUUCUUUCUAGAAAGAGAAACAGUUGGUAACUUUUGUGAAUUAGGCUGUAACUACUUUGUAACUAACAUGUCCUGUCUGUCAUCUGUCAGCUGCAAGGUACUCUGGUGAGUCACUACUUCAGAGCUUUACUCCUUAACAGAUAUUGUCAUAACUCUGUGAUGGGCAUCCAAUUUUUGAAAAUGUGCUCAUCCAGAAAGACCCAAAUCCAUGCAGCUGUGGCAGUUACAGUUCUGUGGUUUCAUGUUAGUUACCUUAUAGUUACUGUGUAAUUAGUGCCACUUAAUGUAUGUUACCAAAAAAUAAAUAUAUCUACCCCAGACUAGAUGUAGUAUUUUUUGUAUAAUUGGAUUUCCUAAUACUGAUAUUUGUCAUCCUUGCAGAAAGUGUAUUGGUUUUUUAAAAAAGAAAGUGUAUUUGAAAAUAAAGUCAGAUGGAAAAUUCA